CUACAUUCGGAUCCAACAUCCCUAUCCUACGAACUCCCAAACUCCUACUUCCCCACAUCAUCAUCUCCUACGUGGCUCGCAUCCACAACAAAACCGGAUAACCGGUUCACCACUUCCGUCGUAUCAACAACCCCACCGCUUCUUCACCACGAUCUUCCACUAAUUUCCCCAUCAAAUUCCACCAUCCCCAAUCACCACUUUCCACCUAAAUCAUCCUCUGAUCAUCUGCCGGAGAUAAACGAUGAUGUCUGGAGAUGAUUUGGAGCGUCGGGGAAGACAAAAAGACAGUAACCCAACUGAGAAUUAUGCUUCUUAUUCGCGUACGGAAACUCAGUGGACUUCGUGGUUGAUUCCGGUGUUUGUGGUGGUUAAUAUUGCUGUUUUUGUGGUGAUUAUGUACGUCAAUGAUUGCCCAAAGCAUAAUCGGAUGCGGGCUGAUGGGAAGUGUGUUGCGAGGUUUCUUGGUCGGUUCUCGUUUCAGCCGCUUAAGGAGAAUCCUCUCUUUGGCGCUUCGUCGAACACAUUAGAGAAGCUUGGAGCUCUUCAAUGGCAGAAAAUAGUCCAUGGACAUCAAGCAUGGAGGCUCAUCACCGCUAACUGGUUACAUGCCGGUUUGAUUCAUCUUGUUGCUAAUAUGCUAAGCCUCGUACUCAUCGGGAUUCGACUUGAGCAGCAGUUUGGAUUUUUACGCGUAGGAGUGAUCUAUUUAUUGUCGGGCUUUGGCGGGAGUGUUCUUUCGGCUUUAUUUAUUCAACGAAACAUCUCUGUUGGUGCCUCCGGGGCUCUGUUCGGGUUGCUCGGGACAAUGCUCUCUGAACUUUUUACAAACUGGACUAUAUACUCCAACAAGGCUGCAGCACUGUUUACUCUUGUAAUCAUAGUUGUGGUCAAUCUAGCAGUGGGAAUUCUGCCGUUUGUCGAUAAUUUCGCGCACAUUGGUGGUUUCGCGACGGGUUUCCUUCUUGGUUUUAUUUUACUACCUCGUCCGCAGUUCGGAUGGUUGGAAAGGCACAAUCUUCCAGCUGAAGUUCGUGUCAAAUCCAAAUACAAAGCCUAUCAAUAUGCGCUCGGUUUGCUUGCGUUAGCACUCCUAGUUGCAGGGUUUACGGUUGGUUUGGUGAUGCUGUUUCACGGAGAAAACGGAUACAAACGUUGCCACUGGUGUCGCUACUUGAACUGCGUACCGACUUCAAAAUGGGAAUGCAAUAGGUCAUAGUGUUGGUAUAUCUCUUCAUAUGUGUGAUAUCUUGUGUAUAUUAUUUUAGUUUUCUUCAGAAUUUGAUUGAUUUUUCGAGUUUGGUUGUGUUUAUGCUAUGUUUAUUUCGCGUAUAAGGAUGUAUAACUAUUUAUCUGGCCUAUUGAUUGUGCUUGCAUACAAGUGUAGAACAAAUAUAUGUACAGUUUCAGACUUCUUGCACAAA